GAAGAUAUGUAUCUCUUAGCCGCGAUUCGCAGUCCGAUUAUCCUAAAUUAGGAAGUCCUCCCGUUCAUGCCUCGGUUUCCUCGGACUCCACCCUACAGCACAUUCAGAGCUGGCCAGGAUGGAACUUGUACUAUAUAGACUGACUCUGUGCCGUGCAGUCUCGAGUUAACAGCACUUCCUAUAAACUUGCGAUCUCAGUCGUUGCAGGUGAUUGGUACUUUCUUUGUAAGAAUUCAGCUAAACAAAGCACCUACGAGUCAUUUACACGAGAAAACCGCACAAAGAAAGACGGGACGUCACGUCAUUCAUUAUGGCUCCUGAUAAGCUUGUGCCAAACGACUCUCGGGUCAAGACGGAGACUGCGCAGAUUCGGGGUAAAAACUACAAGUACAUUGUUGGAGAGCCUGAGGGUACCCCACUGGAGACUAUCGUUCUCAUCCAUGGCUUUCCAGAUCUCGGAUUUGGCUGGCGCUAUCAGGUUCCCUACCUUAUGUCCCUAGGAUUCCGGGUCAUUGUCCCCGAUAUGGUGGGAUAUGGCGGCACUGAUGCUCCAGAGUCACUUGAGGAGUACACAUACAAGAGCCUUUCAGCUGACAUCAACGAGCUGGCUCGGAAGUACGUUGGAGAGGAUGGACAGAUCAUUCUUGGUGGACACGAUUGGGGUGGUGCUAUUGUGUGGAAGGCCGCCUGCUGGUAUCCUCAGCUGAUUAAGGGUGUCUUCAGUGUCUGCACACCCUACAUGCAGCCCAGAGAGACAUUUGUCCCCCUCGAAGCUGUCAUCCAGAGUGGCCAUCUGCUCAACUUUAGCUACCAACUACAGUUCAAGGGCCCCGAGGUUCAAUCCCGUCUCCAAGGAGAGGAAAAGAUCCGGCAGUUCUUGAAUGCCCUCUAUGGCGGCCGUACACCCAGCGGUGAUCUUGGGUUCUCUGCCAAGGACGGCAUCUACUUCGACAAGCUACCGGAACUCGGUCCCUCGCCACUUGUCAGCAAGGAAGAGUUGGACUACUACGCCAAAGAAUAUGCCGCGAAAGAACCCCCUGAGCUGCGUGGCCCUCUAAACUAUUACCGCAUGCAGGAGCUCAACCACCGCGACGAUGCAGAGGUAGCCAAGAAGGGUGGCCACAAGUUCGAGAUGCCAGCUUUGUUCAUCACUGCAACUGACGAUUCGGCUCUCCCACCGUCUAUGUCCAAGGGAAUGGACUCAGCCUUUACCAACUUAACUCGGGAGGAAGUCAAAGCGUCUCACUGGGCGUUAUGGCAGGCUUCUGAGGCCGUGAACCAACAUAUCACGAAAUGGCUUGAUGGGGUGCUGGAUGGUGCCUUGAAGGCAAAGGCAUCUCUAUGAGCAGAGACCAGAUAUUCAGCCUCUGUUGUACAUGAUCUCAAUAGAUUUUAUGCGCACGCACCGAGUAAUUUUCUGAACAAUGAGUAUACACAGUUCGUAUGUGUCCAAACCUAAGCAAUGGAAAUGCAUUUCACACUUUUCCUUGCUUCUUUAUAUCUGUAAGAAUGCAAAUACCUACUGUCACAAAACACGACGCCCAACUCGUGGUUACCUCAUUGAGGGACGUGCUAUACGUUUACAAAGGAGUCUUAAGUCUGUCGCUUCAAAUUUUAGAGGCCCGGAGGGUCUUUGAACAGCUAUUUGCUUGCCGUGCCGGCUUCAUUGGAGUUCAGAAGAAAAGAGGCAAGGUAUUACACCACCAAGAACUUUCUAUGAAAAUGUAAAUAUAACGGGGUUAAUGACCUCAAUUGAUGAUGAAAUACCAGGAAAUUUCGCAAUGCAAGAUUUGACUCCCUUCAA